AUGCUGGCGCCGGGAAUCCGGGUCGUCCGGGGCCCCAACUGGAUCUGGCAGAACCAAGAUGACGGUGAAGGACACGUCGGAACGUUGUGUGAAAUAGGUCGAUCCGGGUCGACCCACUCGCCGGAGAAGACCGUCGUCGUGAACUGGGACUCGGGCCACCGGACCAACUACCGCGUUGGCUACCAGAAGCAGUACGAUCUGAUCGUGGUGGAUAACGCCCAGAUCGGGGUCAAACAUCCGAACAUAAUCUGCGACGGUUGCUCGAAGCCGGGUAUCGCCGGAAUACGGUUCCACUGUGCGGACUGCUCCAACUACGAUCUGUGUGCCACGUGCUACGGGAACGAUAUCCACGACCUGGAGCACACGUUUGUGCGGUAUCAGACGGCCAAUUCUGUUGGAGUUCGCGUUCCGCCCCGCCAGGGAGCGCUCAAGAUCCAGCUGAAGGGCAUCUUCGUGGGAGCACGUGUGGUCCGAGGGCCCGACUGGGAAUGGAAUAACCAGGACGGUGGUCCGAACAAGACGGGGCGUGUUAUGGAAAUUCGUGGCUGGGACAACGAAUCCUGUCGAAGUGUAGCGAACGUGUCGUGGGCAUCCGGCUCGACCAACGUGUACCGGCUCGGCCACAAGGGCAACGUCGAUCUGCGGUACGUGCAGCCAGCGGUCGGAGGAUACUACUACAAGGACCACAUGCCAGUGUUGGGUCAACCCGAGGAGCAGCAGCCGGUGUCGCCACCGGUGCGCUCGCACUUUAACGUGGGCGACCGCGUCCAGGUGGCCAUCCCGGAGGAACGCCUCAUGGUGCUGCAGCAGGGCCACGGCGGCUGGAACCCGCGGAUGGGCGAGUAUCUAACCAAGAUCGGCAUCGUGCACCGCAUCACGGACAAGGGCGACAUCCGGGUGCAGUACGAGGGCUGCGCGAACCGGUGGACGUUCCACCCGGCCGCGCUGGUUAAGAUUUACAGCUUUAACGUGGGUGACAUCGUGACGUUUAUCACGGACGCCGGGAAGAUGCAGCAGCUGCAGAAGGGCCACGGCGAGUGGGUCGAAACGAUGCACCACGUGCUGGGGAAGUCGGGGAAGGUGAUUAAGAUCUACGGGGACGGGGACUUGCGGGUGCAGCAGCUGGACGACGAUUUGGCGUGGACGGUGAAUCCGAAGUGCGUGAAGCUGGAGCGGGCGCUGAUUUCGCAGGCGACGGCCACGGAGCGGUCCAACAGCAUGAUGGACCUGAGCAAUCAGCGCACGAACGAGCACCACAUGACGCCGCUGUCGGGGCUGUCGGGGACGUCGGCGGCGGAUCGGUUGGUGCGGGAGGCCGCCCAAGGGAAUAUGGACUUUGUGCAGAAUUAUCUCAGUGCCAAUCAAGAGGAAGUGGACUGCGUGAGCGGUGGCAAGACGUGUCUUCAGGUGGCGGCCCACCAGGGUCACGUGGAGUUGGUGAAGCAUCUGUUGGCGCUCGGGUCGAACGUGAACGUGGUGGAUAAGGAGGGCGAUUCGACGCUGCACUAUGCGGCGUUCGGGAACCAGCCGGAGAUUAUGCGGAUCUUGCUGCAGCACAACGCGAAUAUUGACGUGCUGAACUCGUCGCACUGUUCGGCGUUGCACAUUUCGGCGCACAAGAAGCCGCCGCACUGCGUGAAGGUGCUGCUCGAGUUUGGGGCGAACGUGAACGUGCAGGACGCGUACGGGGACACGGCGUUGCACGAUGCGAUCGGGAAGGAGAACACGGAGGUGGUGGAGCUGUUGUGCAACUGUUCGACGCUGGAUUUGACGAUUAGGAACAAGCGCGGGUUCAAUGCGUUGCACCAUGCGUCGUUGAAGGGGAACGUGCACGCGGCGCUGAAUAUUAUUCGGUUGGCGCGGCAGUUGGUGAAUGUGCGGAAGGACGAUGGCUUUUCGGCGCUGCACUUGGCGGCGUUGAACGGGCACUCGAAGGUGGUUGAGGUGUUGGUGAAGGAGGGCCAGGCGGAUAUUAACAUUAGGAAUAAUCGGAGGCAGACGCCGUUUUUGUUGGCCGUUUCGCAGGGCCACACGGCGGCGAUUGAGAAGUUGGUCGAGUUGAAGUGUGACAUUGCGGCGAAGGACGAGGACGGGGACAACGCGAUGCAUUUGUGCAUUAUUAAGAAGGCGAAUCUGGUGCAGGAUGUUUCGGCGUCGGAGUCGCCCAAGAUCUACGAAAUGUUUGUGUCGUUGGCGUCGGUUAUCAACGAGAAUCGGCUGAUGUACGCGUUGUUGUGCUUUUUGGCGAAGGAGGGUUGUCCGCUGGAUGUGAACUUUAAGGGCGCGAGGGUUUUGGAUUGGAUUCUUAGUCAACAGAUCAAGGAUAUUAUCGUGGGUUAUGAGCGGGCGCGGAUUGCUCGGGAGAAGGCGCUGGCGGCGAUUCCUCCGGCCACGGAUCGAUCGUUGAAUAAUUCUAGGGAAGAGGAGGACGAUCAGCCGAUGAACCAUUUGGUGGCGAACAUGGAAGCUGUAAGUAUGACCGCGAGUAAUAAUUUGGACGAGAGUGAGGGGAACAACGCGACCGUUCCGGAAGGUUCGGCAAGUCCCGGCACCAGUGGCCUCGGUCAGUCGAAUCCCCCGACUCCGGCACGCAGAAAUCGAGGUCAUAAUAGGGAAGCGGCCAUCGGAACGCCUCCGCCGAUCCCGAGCCAUCACCCGAACGUGACUGCGCACGAGCCGGACGAGUCCAAACGCAUGAACAUCGAACCAACGAACGCACCGCUCAGCGAUCCAGUGUCCACCCCGUUAGAUAGCCCAGCCCGUUUCCAAUCACCAAAUCGAGCCUUAUCGCCGACCAUGGUAGCAGCGGCCGCCGCCGAAUCCGGCAGCAGUUCAUCGAAGCAUAUCAGCCGACGGCAGUACUCGGACAAGAACGCACCGCCGCCGCCCCCUCCAUCGUCCUCGUCGGCCCCCAGCAGUCCCCCCGUGGUCAGCACCAUCCCGCAGGAGUGCAUCGUGUGCAACGAGCAGCUCAAGCUGAUCGUGUUCGAGCCCUGCCAGCACCAAAUCACCUGCGAAGAGUGCGGCGUCCGGAUGAAAAAGUGUCUCUCCUGCGGCAUGUACAUCGAGCGACGGCUCACCGUGACCGGGAAGCCGCUGCUGAACCCGAAGGAAGCGGCCCGGCAACCCUCGGCCGACCGGCUGCGCUACCUCGACAAAAUCAUGGAGAUUGAGGAAACGCACUGCUGCAGCAUCUGCAUGGAGCGGCGCCGCAACGUGGCCUUCCUGUGCGGCCACGGCGCCUGCUCCAAGUGCGCCGAGACGCUCAAGAUCUGUCACAUGUGCCGCAAAACCAUCACCAAGAAGAUCAACCUGUACUAAGGCGCGAAGGCAAGUUACCAAAAGAUCUUUACUUCCCGUCGUUUUAUCAACACACAACCAUUUCUCUGUGCGCUUCUGUGUACGACGCUCCGGAAGCGGAGCCGAAUCCCGUUUUUACAGUAGAUAGUAUUUUCCUAACAAAAUGUUUCCUUUCUUGCUACCAAAAAAGAAAAAAAAACGACAUCGCUCUAUCGUAAAGUGUAAAUAAGCCAAUCUUUAAGAGAAAAACAAAACAGAAAAAAAGUCUAAUAAGUGUAUUUAUGUGCAUGUUCUUCCAAAUCCUACAAAAGAAAAAAACUUACAAAAAAUUCGAAUGUGAAUCUAAAUGCUAAAAAAAAAACAAAAAAAAAACAUGCUAAACGAGGCGACUUGGCCCUCAAAAAACCUGACUGAUUUGCUUGUUGUUAAAUUGCAGCACACGCGCACGCGCCGUUAUUUCAAACACCUUCUUCCCCUAAUAAACCGUUACAAAACGUUGCACCGUGCACCUCUCGCCAUCGCGUUACUUCAUUCUGUCCUGCGUACUUUCUUCAGUGUUUUUUUUUUUCAGUUAACCCAAACCAUAUUUAUUUCGUUCUCGUCGUCUCUCACUGUCGUGUGCGUAAGCUGAAAAAGAAAAAGAAGAAUCAUAUUUAGACAAAAACAAGAGUACCGUGUUUGUUAGUUGAAAGUGAAGAAGAAGAAGAAACCCCAAUACAAUUUUGUCAUAUAUUUGUAGUUUUUUUGAUUGCAACAUACACGUGUUUUUUGUAUUAAGGUGAUUACCGAUAUUGACGCGAGCUAAACGAACAACAAUGUUUAUUUGUGGAAUAUUGCAAAAUUUUUAAUAUAUAUAUUGUAUAUCGAAGAAGGCAAAAAUAAGACGGGAGAAAAAUUUAAUGAAAAAACGCGCGCAUUCGAUUGUUAUUAUUGAUGAUAAAGAAAAAAAAUGUGAAGAAAAAAAGUUGUUUGUACGCACAUAAGACAAAAAAAAA